CUUCCGCCAAGCUGUUUCCAGGGUUACCAGAAAUGGCGCCCGGUAACCGACCAAUUCUGUCGUCGACUGCCCUGCAGGUGCUUCUGUACCUCAACUGCUGGUACUUUGCUGCUUUCUUCCUGGCAGAUGUGCUCAUGUUCAUCUAUAAAGGUCUCUUGCUACCCUAUCCGACAAGUAAUCUGAUCCUGGAUGUGGUGUUGCUGGUUCUCUUCCUGGGUUUAGAGAUUCUGCGGAUCUUCUAUGGAUGGAAGGGCAACCUGUGCGAACACGCGGUGACAACGGCCGUGUCUCUGUUCCUGCUUUUGCCGUGCAUCACGCUGGCCGUCUACUUCCUGCUGCUGCAAACCUUUGUGCUACGUCUGGAGUUCCUUCUGGGCUUAGUGCUACUCUGCUUCUAUGGCCUCCAGUUCCUGCUAAGUGUGCUGGCCUUGUCGUCAUUUGCAAGAUCCAAAGUUUACUGAGGCGAACCAAGCAUCACAUCAAAAACUUCAAAUUUCAUUUGUACAUAAUUUUGUCCCACGUCUUGACAUUUUUACUUUUUUAUCAAAAGAACCAAUAAAGAUCUAAACACAAUAUCUCA